AUGAGUGAGAGAGUGACGUUGGAAGUAACAGAGAAGCGAGAGAUGGGAAAGAGAGAAAAGGAGAAGGAGAAGGAGAAAGCGAAGAGGCAGAGGUAUCUUCUGAAAACGGAACCGUCGGAGUGGUCGUGGGAGGACCAGGCGGCGAACGGAGGCAUAAGCAAUUGGGAUGGGGUUAAGAACAAGCAGGCCCAGAAAUACCUAAAGUCCAUGUCCCUCGGCGACCUCUGCUUCUUCUACCACUCCGGUCCCAAGGCCCGCCGCAUCGUCGGCGUUGUCUCCGUCGUCCGCGAGUGGGACGGCGACGCGGUGGACGUGAAGGCCGUGGGAGAGAUGAGAAGGCCCGUCGACUUGAAGGAGAUGAAACAUUUCAAGGAUUUCGCUCUCUUGAAGCAGCCAAGGCUUUCCGUUGUCCCUGUUCCCGACCUCAUAUGGGAUGAAAUCUGCCUUUUGGGAGGUGGCUACGACGGCGACCAUGCUCCCUGA